AUGACGUCUAUGGAAUCAUACCUUAGAAUACAAGACUACAACAAUUCUAAAAUGGUCCUUUCCGAUACCGCCAUGAGGGGGCUGGGAAGGCAUUUGUCUUUCACUCAGCUGAGAUUUCACUGCAGCAAACAACUGGGACGCACGUUCCACGUGACCACUGUCGCUAACAGCUCUGGUGAAGCUGUGGUCAAGUACUUCAGUGACGAUUGUCGCACUCUAGAGUUUGGGCCCCAAAUGGUUGGGAGAUCUCUGUUGAAUCACACGAUCAUUUCGCUCGUCAUAAACUCGAUGGACACUUGUGAAUUGAGGUGCUAUCUUGAACACGACUGUGUGUCGAUCAACUUUGGAGCUGAAGAUGACGGAGGGAAUAGAUCGAUCCUCGGUCACGUUAAAGAAAAGCCUGGAAAUUCUUGUAAACAUAUCUUGGAUACUGGGUCAUCGAAAGGAAACGGGGAGUACUGGAUCGACCUCGAGAACAGCGGAGACCCCUUAAAAGUUUACUGUGACAUGACAACUGAUGGAGGAGGUUGGCUGCUGGUCGCAAACAUUGUGGCUGAGGAUUCCAUUCCUCAGAGGAUGACGUCUAUGGAAUCAUACCUUAAAAUACAAGACUACAACAAUUCAAAAAUGUUCCUUUCCGAUACUGCCAUGACCGAACUGCGGAAGCGUUUGUCUUUCACUCAGCUGAGAUUCCACUGCAGCAAACAACUGGGACGCACGUUCCACGUGACCACUGUCGCUAACAGCUCUGGUGAAGCCGUGGUCAAGUACUUCAGCGCUCAGACGAAUGAGCGACCUUCUUCAUGCAACUCUUUCCAGAGAGUAGAGGGGGAUAAUUCUUCCCUUUCUGUGGCAUGUCAUGAGUGGGGGACCAAGCAUGACGGGAGAUGGGGUCACGAGGACGGAAGUAACAGACCAGUCAAUCACUUGGCGUACGUUUCACAUACGUAUCACUGGCAUAUCGACCAGCAAGACUGGUUGUGCGAUGACAAAAGAAACGAAAAUAACCUAUCACGUGGAGAUUUUUGGAAAAUAUAUGCGCGAUAA